AUGAGCAGUGAAAACAGUCUCCCUGUGCCGCCCGCUGAGGGCAACAUGUCGUUCGUGCUGAAACGUGUUCAUGAAACUGUUUUUGAAGACCGUCCUGUGCUCCCAUUGCGUGAAGGCGAAGUGCGUGUGAAUGUGCGUCAGACAGGCUUGUGCGGCUCAGAUAGUCACUAUCGUGAACAUGGCCGCAUUGGUGACUUUAUCCUGACGGCGCCCAUGGUUCUCGGCCAUGAGUCGUCGGGCAUUGUCGUUGAGGUGGGCCCAGGUGUGACCUCGCACAAGGUCGGUGACCGCGUUGCGCUGGAGCCUGGUGUGCCCUGCUUGGCCUGCCCACGCUGCAUUUCGGGUUUGUACAACCAUUGUCCGAAGAUGGUGUUUGCUGCUACACCUCCUUACGACGGUACCCUGGCGACCUACUACAACCUCCAUGCGGCGUUUGCGCACAAGAUCCCAGACCACAUGACGAUGGAGGAGGCGUCGUUGAUGGAGCCGCUUAGUGUCGGUGUGCAUGCUGUCGUCACGAUGGGCCAGGUGCGCGCGUUGGAGAACGUGCUGGUUCUGGGUGCCGGCCCCAUUGGACUCCUGUGUGGUGCUGUGGCUCGUGCCUAUGGCGCCCGUCGUGUCGUGGUGACCGAUCUGGUUGAUGAAAAGUUGCGCUUUGCGUCGUCGUUCUGCGCUACGUCGACGUUUAAGACGUUGUCAAAGUAUGAAGGCGAGCCAGAGGCUGACCAUGCUGCGCGUGUUGCGCGUGAGCUUGUCGAGCAUCUCGGUGGGGACGUGAAGGACAACGAUGGCUUUGACCUAGUCGUGGAUGCGACCGGUGCCCAGUCCUGCUUGCUGCUGGCUGCCUGGGCCGCACGCCAGCGUGGCCGUGUAGUCGCUGUGGGCAUGGGCCGUCCUGAGGUGCUUAUGGCGAUCACGCGUAUUUCCGUGCGUGAAAUACAGCUCAGUGGCUCGUUCCGUUACGCGGCAGGUGACUAUGAAAAGUCGAUUGCCCUGGCUGCGGAGCGCAAGAUUGAUGUUACGCGUUUAGUCACGCACCGUUACGCCUUCAAGGAUGCAAACAAAGCGUUUGACGCGGUGACGCGUGGUACCGGCGAAGAUGGUAAGACGUGCAUCAAGGUACAGAUCAGUCAGGGCGAGGCGCCUGUGAUGGUGCCGUAA